AUGUCGAGAGAGCAAUUAAAGAAAACAAUGACAGUAAUGAAAAAACAGUGUAUGCCGAAACAUGGAGUUAAUAACGAAAAAGUUGACAAAAUUGAACAGGGUGUCUUUAUUGCGGAGCAUGACGUUAUGUGUUAUAUAGCAUGCAUUUAUAAAGUCAGUCAAGUAGUAAAGAACGAGAGGCUUAAUAAGGAGUUAAUAUCAAAGCAAGUAGAUAUUUUGUAUCCUCAGGAGCUUAAAUUGUCGGUUAAGAAAAAUACGGCCGUUUGCGUUGAAGUUCAAAGUAAAUAUGACGAUCCUUGUGAAGGCAUUUUCUAUGCUACGAAAUGCCUGUAUGAAGCCGAUCCACCGAAUUUUAUUUUCCCAUAA